AUGAGCGAUAUUAAGGGAAGAAGUGGCUUUUGUAUGUUGCCAGAUGUGAGACAAAUUUGCUUUAGAAAAGGGCUUCUAUAUGGAUUUAGUCGAGUCUUUUCGAUACCGAUGAAAACACUCCGCGGAGCUAGUCGGUCGCUGAGGGUAGAUCAAUUCUGCAGUGUUGUGAAUAUUUCUUCCUCUUUAAUGAUUGAAGUGGUUCCGUGCUUAAGGGACAAUUAUGCGUAUCUCUUAUAUGAUGUGGAUACGGGGACAGUUGGUGUUGUUGAUCCUUCUGAAGCUGCGCCGAUCAUAGAUGCUUUGACGAAGAAAAACCUAAAUUUGACUUACAUAUUGAAUACACACCACCAUCAUGAUCACACGGAUGGAAAUGCAGAGUUGAAAGAAAGGUAUGGGGCAAAGGUAAUCGGUUCUAAUGUAGACAAGGAAAGAAUUCCUGGUAUUGAUAUCUAUUUGAGUGAUGGAGAUAAGUGGAUGUUUGCUGGUCAUGAGGUGCAUAUAAUGGCCACUCCUGGCGUCACCCGAGGUCAUAUAAGCUUUUAUUUUCCUGGAUCUGGGGCCAUUUUUACAGGAGACACCUUGUUUAGCUUAUCUUGUGGCAAAAUCUAUGAAGGAACCCCGGAACAGAUGCUGUCUUCACUUAACAAGAUCAUGUCGUUGUCAGAUGAUACAAGUAUAUAUUGCGGUCAUGAAUAUACAUUGAAUAAUUCAAAGUUCGCAUUGUCCAUAGAGCCUGAAAACAAAGAACUUCAGUCCUAUGCUUCACAUGUAGCUCACCUUAGAAAUAAAGGCUUGCCCACGGUUCCAACUACACUGAAGAUGGAAAAGGCUUGCAACCCAUUUCUUCGCACAUGGAGCACAGAAAUCCGACAAAAACUAAAUGUUGCAGCCACAGCAGAUGAGGCCGAAGCCCUGGGUGUUAUUCGACAAGCAGAGGAUAAUUUUUAG